UCAACAGGAAAUGGGUUAUCUGUAUAUAAUUCUACGGAGAUAACUUGAAUGAUGAUUAAUUGUAUUUCUUACAACUCUGUACGUUAAUGUGGAGCUCAUUUAUAUUUCAUAGUGUCAUGGAUGUUAAUCAGACAUAGAUUAGCGAAUGUAACGUUUAUUACUCUGUGAAAUAGGAGCAGCAGCGAGCACUUUCUUGGAGCUGUCAAACUGAGAAUGUGAUUGUCAGAGCCCUGUCAUUUAAGUGUUCAAAAUGAUAUGUCGAUAGAGUUCAGCUGAUUUGUCUUCUGCAUCAACUUAGUGAACCGAAAAUUUCUCUACGCAGACUGAAGAUGCAACAAUCAGCUCCAAAUGACAGAGAUGGUGCCCGGCCACCAAUGGAAUCUGACUUGCUGCUGAAGUUUCCAUGGCGACCUAACAACACUAGUACAGAGGAAGGCAAACCUGGGGAGUAUAUUCUUCGCAGCCUCUUUCUGGAGUUCUGUCGCCUGUCGGAGAAGAAGAUUGAACAGGUUCUUGCGGAGCCCCUGGAACGUCCACUGUCCAACUCACUAAGGAGGGGUGAGGAUGCCUUGUUUGACCAGAUCCUCGGUGCUCUGGGCUGUGUUGCUGAACAGAGUCUGCCGUCCAUCCUGCGGACUCUGUUUGUCUGGUACGACAGACAGACUCGUGGCGAUGAGGCAAUGCAGCAGGACUCUAGACAGCGACACAGGAGCAAGGGGAGCAAAGACUUCCUGUGUGAAAGGAGAGAUCUUGCUGUGGAGUUUGUGUACUGCCUGGUCCUGAUCGAAGUGCUCUCUAAGUUUACAUACCACCCAGGUCAUGACGACCUGGUGAGCCACAUCAUCAAACAGGCGUUCAAGCACUUCAAGUACAGAGAUGGUCUGCAGACCAACCCCAAUGCAGCCAAUGUGAACACUAUCGCAGACCUCUAUUCUGAGGUGGUCGGAGUGCUAGCACAGUCCAGAUUCCAGGCAGUGAGGAAGACAUUCCUUAGUGAGUUGAAGGAGCUCAAGCUGAGAGACCAAACUCCCUACACAGCCCAGAGCAUCAUCAGCCUUCUGAUGGGACUCAAGUUCUUCAGGGUUAAGAUGCACCCUAUAGAGGACUUCGAAGCGUGUGUGUCAUUCCUGCAGGAACUGGGCCACUACUUCGUGGAGGUGAAGGACAGGGACAUCAGACAUGCCCUGGCAGGACUGUUUGUGGAGAUCCUUCUGCCUGUAGCUGCUACUGCCAAGAAUGAGGUGAAUGUGCCAGUGCUGAAGAACUUUGUAGAGUUGCUGUACACUCUGUCUAUAGACAUGACCACCAAGAGGAAACACACACUGCACCUGUUCCCGCUGGUGACCUGCCUGCUGUGUGUCAGUCACAAACAGUUCUUCCUCAACAACUGGCCCUACUUCCUCACCAUGUGUCUGUCUCAGCUGAAGAAUAAGGACACCAAGAUGUCCCGAGUGGCCCUCGAGUCUCUCUACAGACUGCUCUGGGUAUACAUGGUGAGGAUCAAGUGUGAAAGUAACACGGCCACACAGAGCAGACUACAAAGCAUCGUCAACAGUCUGUUCCCCAAGGGGUCCAAGAUGGUCACACCCAAGGAGACUCCCCUCAACAUCUUUGUCAAGAUCAUCCAGUUCAUUGCCAAAGAGAGACUUGACUUUGCCAUGCGGGACAUCAUCUUUGACCUUCUGUGUGUUGGAAGGAACUUCAAGUUUCUCACCCCAGAGAGAAUGAGCAUAGGUUUACGAGCCUUCCUGGUGAUUGCUGACAGUCUCCAGCAGAAAGAUGGCGACCCACCGAUGCCGCAGUCGACAGGGACCCUCCCAUCAGGUAGCACUGUGAGGGUCAAGAGACAGUUCCUGAACAAGAUGCUGUCUGACCCCAUGGCCAAGUCCAUCGGCCUGUCACAGUUCUAUCCACACAUCCGUAAGACAUUUGAUGCCAUGUUGAGAGCCCUUGACCUCCAAGUUGGUCGACCUCUCCUUCUAACCAAGGCAGAGAAUGCCAACAAGGAACCCGAUGAAAUGAUUGUCGGUGAUCGUAAGCCUAAGAUUGACCUGUUUCGGACAUGCAUUGCUGCCAUCCCACGGUUGAUCCCAGACGGAAUGAGUAGCCAGGAAAUAGUGGAGGUGCUCACAAGGCUUACUGUCCAUGUGGACGAGGAACUCAAGGGGCUGGCCUUCCAGGGUCUACAGAACCUGAUGCUGGAGUCCCCGGCGUGGAAGGAGCAUGUUAUACAUGGAUUUGUGCAGUUUGUGCACAAGGACAUCUCCGACACCAACACCCACCUGGUGGACGGUGUACUACGGAUGAUGAUGCAGCUGCUGGUGCAGUGGAAGUCCAACCCUCAGGCCGGCAAAGACAUGCACGCUCAGAAGGUGACCACUAGUGUGGGGAUGGGCGGUGAGCAGGACAAGCCCCCAGGGGACCAGCAGACCUCCAACAACCUGGCCAGUCAGGUGAUGAGUCUGGGGGUGCUGCAUGAGGUGGAGGGGCUAGCCCUCGUCAUGAUGUGCAGCUGCAGAGUCGUCACACGCAAACUCUCCGUCCAUCUACUCAAGGAAGUCCGCAACAUCUUCAACUCCUACCGUGUUUCUCAGAUGUGCACACCGUGUCUGAUAGACGUUAUAGACAAGGCCUGCCCUGCCAUCCUGGAGAAGCUGCAAGUCUUCCUGCCGGCCCAGGAGAAGCCGGUGGUGCUAUCCCUGUCUAACCUGGACCUGGCCUGGGUGGUUGAGCGAGCCGCUUCCUGCUGGGUUCCUGCUAAUGGAGGUUCGACCCAGGAUGGCAACCAGAUCAACUACAGCUUCCAUCGUAUCGACGUCUGGAUCCGCUUCAUUGCCGGCAUCACCUCCAAAGACUAUGCUCUGACCAACUGUCCCCACGCCCUGGCUCAUGCCUGGCCCUUCGUUUACAACAAACUCAACUCUCUCUUCCCGCUUGUGGAUCCAAAUACUCAGACUAAUGAAAAUCGCGCAUCGUCCAUCCUGCGGUCAGGCAGUAAGAAGGUGACCACCGAGCGAGACGUACACAUGCAGCUGUGGCAGAACUAUGUCGUCCUGGCCUGUAGCAUAGCCCAGCAGGGGACAGUCAUACCCCACCGAUGUUCCUCACCAGAGCUAGGAAGCUCCUCCCCAGAGAGUGCGACGGGGUCCGACAAGGGGGAGUCCCGCCAGAACAGUGGCAACAGCACCGCCACCAACCUGUUCCGUCUCCUGGUGCCGCUGAUGAAGUGUGAGAACUCCGACAUGAGGGACACCGUGGUCAAUGGGCUGGGAUACUGUAACCCUGUCGUCUUUAAGGAACUGGCGGAAGAGUUACUGCCCUUCCUGAAGGAGGCGAUAGAUAAGAAGCAGGACAACCUGCGCCGUCGCCGCAAGAGAGAUGUUCUGCGUGUACAGCUGGCACAUAUAUUUGAGCUGAUGGCAGAAAACAAAACUUUUGCACAGAGUGAGUCCGGCAUCAUCGACAAGGACCGUGGGUGUCUGAGUGGGAUGUUCGUGGACUACAUUGACGGAGCACGCCAGUACCUGGAGGGAGAGAAUGACCGAGACCUGCCCAUACUGCAGGAGAUCAGGCUGCACUUCAGUGGCUUCAUACAGAAUCUCAUUUGUAACACUCCAUUGGAACUGAGGAAGACUCUGUUGUCCCGGGACCUGAGGUACGGGUUGUUCCACCUGUUUGCCAGCUGGAGUGGUCACUUCAGUCACACGUUCGGAGCACUGGAUAGAAGAUUGUCAAAGGAGGAAGCUUGGAACGAGCAGGAGCUGUCGGCUGUCCGCGCCAUGUCGGCCGUGUUGUGCUGUGGUCCUGUGUUUGACCUGACCGGCCUUGGAGAUGAUGGCUACAUCUACUCCUGGCUGGACACUCUGCUCAGCUCGCAUGAUGAGAAGAUGAAGCCGAAGAUCUACUACCUAGCGAAGGAGACGGUGUACCUCCUGCUGGACUUCAACCCUGAUGUCCAGGGGCUGCUGGACUGGGUCAUCGACAGGUGCUACACAGGCUCCAAUGAAGUGGCCGAUGGUUGCUUCAAUGCCCUUGCCGCUGUCUUCCAAACCAGACGAGAGUACCCCUGUGACCAUGUAGCGAUGCUUAACCUGGCUGUGUUAAAUGUGGGCAACCCACGCAUCCAGACUCACGACACAGCUCUACAGCUGCUCCACCUUCUGGACACCCGCUUCUUCCAGGAGGAGCCGGUGUUCACGGACAGCUCAGAGGAGAUCCACCAACCUCAGCUGCCCCUCAAUGACAUCCUUCUGGCUGUAUCCUACUGCCAUUCUCAGAUGUACCUGUCUGAACAGCUAGCCAGAAUACACCCGGAUCUCACCAUGCCCAUGUUCUCGGAAAUCACACACAGGUUUCAAACAGCAAAGCCCUCAGUGCGACAAACGUUGCUGAAGUAUCUGUUGCCAUGGUUACACAACAUGGAACUGGUUGAUCCAGCAGUGCCCCCUGCCAACCCCAUCUCCAACUUCCUGAACCGACUCCAGGACAGCCAAACGGAGUCCAUCUUCUGCCCCCUGAAGGGAGAGGGAUGGGGGUCCACUCAGGCCACAGAGAUGGUCCUAAACAACCUCUUCUUCAUCACAGUCAAGUUUGGCGAUGAGCAUCCGGUGGAGAUCGAGGCGCUGUGGGCGGCUCUCAUGGUGUGCUGGCAGAACAACCUGAAGGUGGUCAUCCGGUACCUCGUCGUCAUCACUAAUGUCGCACCCACACACCUGCUUUCAUUUGUCAAGAGGGUGGUGAGCUACCUUGGCCGAGCAAAGCCCGAGAAGUUGGUGGACGAGCUGAUGAAUGAGCUACAGACUGUGGAGACUCUGAACAUGAACAUCGAGAGGACCCAGACUCCUCCAUACUACCGCCUGUCUGCUCAGCGUAAAGUAGGUGGCGCUCCGAACACCACUGAUGACGAGAAGCUUGUGUGUCAGACUACGGACUGUCAGCUGGAGAAGGGUGUACUCCACACCAAGAGACACAGCACCAAUGAGGAUCUGCCCAGUGAAGCCACUCCACGAACCAACUCCUCUGCUUCACUGAAGAGUGCUGCGAGUACUGCCUCCACAUCAGACACACUGCCCCAGGAGGAGGAAGUACAUGGACUGGGCCACACACCCACAAGGUCCAGGGAGCGUUCCCAGAGUGGGUCCCCUGACCCCUAUCCACUUCCCAUGCCGGCAUAUGGAGGAUACUUUGCUCAACUUAAUGAGUUCCUGCCUGAAGACAUCCAGCCGACCCCAGGCUUUCACAGGAGCAACCUGGCAGUGAUGUUCCUGUCAGACCUGGUCCUGGAUGGGCUGGAGAUUGACUGGUCCCCACAUCUCCCCCUCAUGCUGCACAUCAUCUUCCUAGGUCUGGACCACUCAAGGGCUCUGGUGUAUGAACACUGCAAGAAGCUGCUGCAGAACCUGUUGCUGCUGGCGUCGUCACAAGACCGCCACGACACCUCCCGAGUGCUGCUAGGGUACCGCAGUAGCCAGGCAGAUGCUGUCAAGGUCAACUCAGAGGACAGGGACAUGCCCCUGACGUCAGAAACACCCACCCACAUAUCAAACAACACCUUGCUGUCCAUCGGCAAGUCCACCUUCAGCAUCGACAGCAGCGCCACCAUCACCCCAGACACCAUGAGCAACCUCACCGACCCUGACUCGCUUGGUUCAGUGGAGGAGGUUAUCAAGGCAAUACUGAACUUCAUGGAGGCCAGGAAGUGCAAGUCACUGUGGAGCUGUGAAGACAUCACACCCAAGACACUCAACACACAGAGCUCCUCACUGCUGGAGUACUUCCUCAAGUGUGUUGUCAAGUCCUUUAAGGAGUUAUCUCCCCUGGCCCUGGUGGAGCAGCGGUGGUCACAGACAGCUCUUCAGCUUGCUCUCUCCUGCUCUUCCCGGCAUUACGCAGGCCGCUCAUUCCAGAUACUUCGAGCCCUUAGAAUCCGUCCAUCUACGCAGAUGUUGUCUGAUAUUUUGUCUCGACUUGUGGAGACUGUGGCAGAACAAGGAGAUGACAUGCAGGGCUAUGUGACAGAGAUAAUGCUGACACUUGAAGCAGCCAUUGAUAACCUUGACCUUGAAUUCCGACCAAUCGACUUCAUGAAAGAGCUGUUCAUGUCAACGCCCAAUCUUGCCAAAGACUCGGAUGGUCGCCGUGGAGCAAUGACAGCCCCCAAACAAUCGCUGCCCCACCACUCCCGCAGCACCAGCUACUCCGUGUCCGUCAUCAUCCAGAGGGCUCACGCUGCUGCCAAUGACUCACGUAACAGAGCAAGCACUGACCUUGACCAUCGUCGAACAAAUCUUGGCCGGUCUCGCAGUGCCCAGUCUCUGAAGAACCUGGACCAAAACGGGACAGAGGACAAACAGACCCUGGUGACGCAGAUGUUCUGGAUCGCAGUGUCGCUGCUGGAGUCAGACUACGAGUAUGAGUUCCUCCUGGCAGUGCGACUCCUCGACAAGAUCCUGUGUCACCUGCAGCCCGAGAACCCUGAGUGGAAGGAGAAGCUGGACAAGAUGCAGCAACAGAUCAAGUGGCCCAACUUCCCCGGGCUACAGACGCUUCUGUUGAAGGGCUGCACGUCCCCAGUAACAGCGGAGGCCACCUGGUCCCUGCUGUCAAAGAUCAUCCUGUGUAUCAAGGCACCUGUCAUUGAUCCCUCCGGCAAAUGGGGGUUUCCUAUGAACACAAUAGCCAUGCUGCCAUACCUGGUUGCCAACUAUAAAAACCCCAACCAGACCUGUCGUGAAGCAUCUGACCAUAUCGCACAGAUGUGCAGCCAGCAGACCGACCGACUGUCCAACCUGGCCACAGUGAUGUCGCUGUACAGCCGCGGCACCUUCGGCAAGGACAGCCUCCAGUGGACCAAGUGUGUGGUCAAGUACCUGCUGGACGUCAACUCCUUCGCUGCCGUCAGCAUGCUCACCUUCCUUGUAGAGGUGCUGGAGAAGGGUCCGGCCUCCAACCAGCCCGGAGUGCUGCAGAUACUGCACUGUAUGACGCACUAUGUGGACAUCAACUCCACCCACAGCUCAGCACACAACUCGGUCCUUAACACAGAGGUGUUCCACACUGCCACCAAGUAUAUUCAGAGUGUCCACUGGAAGGAGGCUCUGAAGAUCCUGAAGCUUGCUGUAACGAGAUCGUCCACCCUGGCUGCAGCCCCGCCCUCACUCAGCUUCUCCGUCAGCUCCGAGCUCAGCAUGUACUCCCACACCUCCUUCGCUGAGGCCGAGAUAUACACCAAGAUUCACAAGGAACUGCCAGGUCGCACUCUGGACUUCUCUGUUGACCUGUCCAAGACGCCCAUCAUAGGCAGGAAGUUUUUCGUCAAUGACCAGUCAUCAGCCGGAGGUGCUGCUGCAGCUGCUGGUGCUACUGCCGGUGCUACUGGUGGUCCUGUACAGAGCAGCUCGUCAUCGGGUGUGUCGUUGUCAAGGAAACCAUCCAACAACCAGGACAUUGACUCUGUGUGGCGCCGACCCCAGGCUUCACAGGCUCGAACUCGAGAGCGCCUUGUUAACCUGCUGACCUGUUUCGGACCCCGCGUGGGACUGCUCAAGAGCCCCUCAGACACUGUAAUCAAUAAGGUCAUAUUCAGCCAAUCAAGUGACACGCUGGACCACCAACACAGCGUGGCGUCAAGUGGCGAGGAAGCCUCCCUGCCCGAAGCCCCCUCCUCCAACAAUGUGCUGGAUGACAGUAGUGGCAAUGAGUUGAUGGUCACAUUCAAGGGAUUCGACUUCCUGGACAAUGAACUGGAGGAAUCGGAGAAUGAGGACUUCUUCUCGCAAUUUGGUGACAGGCGUCAUUCCCUGAACCUCCAAGACUCGCCGACGACGGUGCGUCCCCACUUCGGUAGCGUGCCUGAUCUGAAGCUGAUUGGCUCUCCCAGUCUGACAGAGAUCACCAUCUCCCCCAGCGAGAGUCUCAGUGUCAAGGAAACCCUCUCUGAGGAUGAGUCGGAGAGUUCUGCAAUGGAUGACAAUGAUGACAUCCCCCAGGACUUGCCGGCUUCGGAGUCCAUCGUGGUGACCAACCCCAAGCUGGAGAGACGACGGAGAUCCAGUCCCCUCACAGCAUCCACGCGUAGUCUGUGCAGCAACCCCAGUGAGACGGACAUCGUGGAGUUGACAGCGUCGGUGUCGUCGCCUAGCUUCUCCCAGCUGCAGUCGCUGAGUCUAAACCUGCAGAGUGACGAGGUAGAGGAGGUGUGGAAGAACCACGUUACCAAGGUGAUGGGGGAGGUGUCCCUGGCCCACACCUUCAGCACCUUCCAGGUGUUCCCCAGGCUGUUCCGGGAACUGCGACGCCGGUUGAUGACGAUGACAAAGGAAGCAUGUUUCUACAUCUCCAAGACUGAGUCUCUGAAGACUAUUGCCUCACAGAUCAUGACGGUUCUGGAUAUGCUGUAUGUGCAGAUGGAAUGUCCCUUCAUAUUUGCUGAGUCCGACAGUUUGAUAGGCAGUCGAGUGUUGGAGCGCCACCGUUUCUGUAUGUUGGAGAUACAGGAAUGUUUUGAGACCUACUGCAUGAGAAAAGACCAGUCAGAACAGAGCCUUGAAGCCCUCAAGUCUUCCAUUAAACAACAGUCCCUGGGAGAUGGUGGAGGGACAGCUCUGUUGUGUGGGGAGGAACAGAAGGUGAAUCUGUGUCGGAGGCUGUACAAGCUGGUAUUCGGGCUGGUGUUGCUGUUUGAGAGUUACCUGAAGCUUCUGGAGGUCUUCCACUCUGUCACGCAGUCCCCACAGGUGACGGAUAUGUCGCUACAAGCCACAUCGGUGAAGAGCUCCCUGUCUCACGCCAUGCAGGAGCUGGAGAACGGACAAGCGUCGCCAUUCAAUGUGGACUGCAAGGUGGUCAGCAAACAAGAGGCAGUGUCCAGUCUGGCCGAGUACAUCCACAGUCAGCAGUACCCAAAGGCCAUCCAGUUGCUGCGGUCAUUCAGAUCUAUCUGGCCCAAUGAUGUUUUUGGGAUGUCAUCUGAAGACGAUAUCCUCACACUGCUCAACAUCUUCUGUAGCUGUCUGGCAGAGAAGAAAGCUGGUAUUUUUGUUCUAACUCGAGUUGACCUUGACCUCAAUCAGCUGUACGGUCACUUGAUGGACAUCAACAUUAAACUGAAUCAUGAGUGGCCCCAAUCGGCAUCAGUGUCCAACAGCCGCACCGAUCAGGUCAUGAAACAGCAGGACUCCAGUUCUCUGUGACCACUCUUCUGAUGUGACCACCAUGAAUGAUGUGACUUGACGUGACCACUGGGAUCUGAUCACCGAAGUGUGAACACUGUCAUGUGACCGCUGUCAGUGUGAUGUGAACACUGAGAACACUGUUGUGUUACUGUCUCAUCAGUCAAUACAGCUGAUUGGUACUGAUAAUGGUUGCCUAGCACUGGGACUGUGUCACAGGACUGUCACCUAGCAACCAGACAUUAAUGACUUCCUUCUACUAGACAACACACUUUGAACCACUCUAUUUUAUGGCCAUCCAUGUUUAUUUCAUGGUUUGUUUUACUUGAAAUAUGUUUGAUAUGUACUAAAUGCUCAGCUUUUGUUUUACAUGCUGGUCUGGCAUCAAAUCUAAUACUUGUCUUGAUGGAGAUGAUUGCGAGGCCAUCAUGUCUUUGUUAGUCUGGAUGAAAUAGAGAACUGUAAAUAAUAAAGAACAACCAAAUUUGAACAGAUUUAAUAGUCCCAGAUAUGAGGAAGAAAACCGUCCUUUUUAUGAAGCUUCCAUUCAUCAACAAAUAUCUGAUCUUCAGAUCUUCUAUCGCAUCUUCAGAAACAAGCUUGUUGUCACUGCAGACAAUUUAGGUCAGUCAUGACUAAUGUCUGGAGAAUCUUUACAAAUGUCUGAGUAUUAGCUGUGUCAUUAUGCUUUAGUGAAAUUAUGUUGAAUAAAGGCCCAAAAUAAUUUUUAAUACAUCUAUUAUUAUAAUGUAUUCCAUAAGUGUUAUUGCCUUUCAAUAGAGGCACUAGUAAUUCUUCAAUACCCAGCAGUGUGCAGGCAUUCACACGUCCACUCAUCCAUGCUGCUGUCCUACUUGGCUCUACUGUUCCCAUCUCUGAUAGAGCGAGGUGAAGAGUUUCUAGUUGUGUGUUCAACAAAACAUGACUGAUCUUAGUAUUGGGGAAAUGUUAAUUAAAAUGAACUCCAAACAGGGACAGAGCGCAGCUGAGGAGCUUCACAUCAGUGUUGCCAUGUCGGAACAACUUCCUAAACAGCUCAUAAAUCUGCUUCAAUGUGUUCCAAAAUCAUGAUCAUUUUGACCUCAGGCAGGUUUUCUAACAGUCUUCACCAAGGUUGCUUGGAUUAAAUGGUACAGCCAAGAAAAUACAGCAGUGAUUUGUGGCCCCACAAGUGAUGGCAUUACUGUGUUUUGUAUAGAGUUAGUGAGUAUGUUUUACGCCGCUUUAAGCAGUAUUCCAGCAAUAUCACAGCAGGGAACACUGGAAAAUGGGCCUCACACGUCGUACCCAUGUGAGGAAUGGAACCCGGGUCUUUGACUCAACGAGACAACGCUAUAACCACUAGGCUACCCCACCGUCCUUGGGGAGGACCGAUGAAUCAUAAAAAGAUACAUGAAUCUCAUAUCUGUUUCAUUUGUCAUUGUGUCCUGAUUUUACAACAGUUUUCUGCCAUGUAUUGUUUACUUAUGCCAUGUAGCCUUCUCUGUAUGCUUCCAUGUAUUGUGGCUUUAAUUGCACAUCGAUUUGCUGUUAUAUUUGUAUGUGUUUGAUUCAGCAAUAUUUCAUUUAUCGUUUGAUUGAUUCAGUGUUGAGUGUUGCUGCUGUGAGUCCCAGCUUCCUGAGUGUGCCAACCAUCACUACUGUGGGUAUUAGCAACAAAGACUUUAUCUUUGUCAGAACCAACAGUGUUUUUGCUGUUGUGACGUCUACAAAGUGAUGCUCGUUGACUUGGCUCAACUCUGCAGUACACUAGCUAGAGACAGGUUAAGAUACCAUAGUGUUUUUCAUCUGCAGUUACCAAUGUUGUGAGCUUGACUUUCAUUUCACUCUUUGAAAUCAGAUGCAUUCUCAAGUUAAGUCUUUGACCUGAAAUUUAGUGUUUACAACAAUCUUAUGAUAUGCACAUUCAUAUUCUAGUCUAGACAUCUCUGAGAUCCCAGUUUUACGUUAAGGCAAAAUAUGUAAAGCAUUAUAGUUUUGAAAAAGUUGAACAGCUUCUGGAAAACUGUUUUUUUUCGAUUUGAAAAGGACUUGUUUUCUCAUACUUAAAUUUGAGAUGGACCAAAUUUGUUUCAUAAAUUGCAGUAGCGGGUAUAGAGAUGUCUUGAAACAGGGUACUCUGCAUCUGACUUGUUCAACACACCACUAGUCUUACAGUCCAUACAGCAGGCAAUACGUUAUUUACUCUGCUAGAGGGUAUCUGUACAGCUAGAUCUAUGUGUUUAAUGUUAAGCAUUUGUUUUUUAAAAUUAACAGGUUUUUUAUCUUUUAGAUUUGUAUGUUAUAUCUGUAAGAAAUAUGGAUUAAGGUGAAGCAAUUGCAGUUUUCAUCUUCAUAAGCCUAUAGUGUAUGUGGUCCCAACAUUGUUAAACAUUGACUCAUGAUGAUGAUGAUUAUGAUACUGGAAGACCAUUAUGCUAGUGUAUAUAUACAUGUGUAUUGAAGUGCUAGUGUGUAUACAUGUGUAUUGAAGUGCUAGUGUGUAUGCACAUGUAUUGAAGUGUUAGCAUGGUGAGUGCUGUCGAACAUGUGUGUGAUAGUGUGAUUACUUUACGUGGAGGGGGGAGGGGAAUCUAGUCAACGCUUACCUUGUAUUGACACAGACAGCAUUUCCCAGUCUGGCCACAAUCAAUUGAUUGUUACAUUUGGAUCCUUUCCUUUUUCAUCUAAAUCUGUUUUGACAUAAAAAAAAAAAGAGAAAAAUGUGAAUGCAUGGACAUUUCUGAAGAAUUAAAAUUCAGGACCUACUUUCAAGAUAUGUAUUAACAUCAUGAAGCAAGGUGGCUGAAUACUGAAUAAAUCAAGUGAUGUGUUUCAGAGUGAAGUGUGCAGAGGGAAAACCUGACACUUAAUUUAUUGUGGCCUUUAGUUGUGCAUAUGGUUUUGACAAGUUUUCUGAAACAUUCAUGUUGACAUGGAAAUUAUUGAAUUCAUUAACAUUCUACAGUAACUAGAUCAGCAUUAACAGUGUAUUGGUGAAUUCAUUCUUUGUUCUUUCUUUCAUUUUGUUGUAGUAUUAAGUCAUUGUAAGGUUUGGUUUUCUGUUUUAAAUGGUGGUCUGUUUUCUUCAUAUAGUAUCAAAGUUAGUGCAGAAUAUAUUAAGUCAAUGCUGUCUAACGUAAAUACCCAUGAACUGUAUAUAUGUACGGAUCAACCCAAAGAUACGUACAUGUAUUUCAUAUUGGUGAAAAAAAAGAAAUUCCUGAAGUAAUAUUCUUCCAUAGAUGUCACAUAAGUACCAUUGAUUUGUCUUCACUGUACUGUACAUUUUCACUUCUAAUCAUGAAACUCUUGUGAAAAUCUGUGACACUGAACCAAAGGUUUAUAAAUACUGUCCCUGUGAUCUUUUGGAUACAGAUUGUGAUGACGACUAUUUUGACCAAGAAUUGCAUUGUGCCGUACAUUCUCAUAUUUGUACAAAUAGUUUUGUACUUACUAAACCACAUUUGUAAAAUAAAGUUUGAACUCUUUACUAA